CUUCUUCCCGAAUUCAUGAGAAUUGUUAAGUCCAUUCACCGACUCUGUUAAAUACUUGGAAUUUGGUGUUGGUCCGAUAACAAUACAUAUUAUCCCUGUUAGUGCAUAUACAGAUCCAUAUAAUUGAUCUAUGCACCAAAAAGAUAUGAGGAUCUUACUUAGCGGCCAACUUCAUGUCUUCCAACUUCAUCUACCUACAGAUGAUAUCGCCUUUAGAGGGAUCAUAUCUUGAACAUAUGAUUGGAAUAAAUAAGCAUUGGUAUCUCCCAGAGAUACGGAUAUUGAUUUCUGAAUUAAGUCAAAUCUAAAACAACAUAUUCCAAAUGGCUGAACUUCCAUUAAUAUUCCCAUCCAUCGAAAAGGAGAAGCUCGAGUCUCAUCUUCCGCCACUGGUGACAGGCGUCAAGGAUGGCAUCUCUUCAUCGACUAAUUUGCCGUUUGUCACGUUGACAUUCGCUACUUCCCUCGAUUCAGCCCUGUCCCUCGGACCGGGUAUCAGGACUGUUCUCUCGGGGCCCCAAUCAAAAGCCAUGACCCAUUAUCUUCGCAGUCGCCACGACGCCAUCUGUGUUGGCGUUGGCACAGCUAUCGCCGAUGACCCAGGGUUGAAUUCCCGCAUCGCAUUGGACGGUCCAGUCCUAGAAACUUCGUCCUCUGCUGCCACUGCGGGCAUUGGUGCGCUACUGGGGCUGGCUGGAGAAGCCGCCGGCGAGGAUACGAAGCAUACUUUCACCACACAUCAGCCGAGACCAAUAAUUAUUGACCCAAAUCUGCGCUGGGACUUCACUUCCAAGAGUAAGGUUAUGCAACUAGCUCGGGCAGGAAAAGGACUGGCCCCAUAUAUCAUCACAGCUGUGCCACAGCCCCCGGAGAGCAGAAAGCGGUUAUUGGAAGAUCUCGGAGGGAAGUUUAUAGUCCUAAGUGGGCACAGAAGCCAGAACUCCGAUGCGGACUUAGGUAGUAAGCGCUUCGAUUGGCACGCUAUCCUAUCUGCUGUACGAAACGAGGGGCUGCGGAGCAUUAUGAUCGAGGGUGGCGGUGAAGUGAUAAACUCUCUCCUCUCACACGGGAAUUCACAUUUAGUCAACUCAGUUAUUGUAACUAUUGCGCCAACGUGGCUUGGUCAAGGAAGUGUCUUCGUCUCCCCACCCCGAAAGAUCAGCCCGGACGGUAAGCUGAGCGCUGUAGCUCGACUUACUAGCACAGCUUGGAUACCCCUCGGAGACGAUGUAGUGCUAUGUGGGAAAAUCGCCCCUCAAGGUUAAAACCCUGGGCCAUAAGUCAGCCUCUAUAAGAAUACAUCAUAGAGCUAUUCACUUAACUAACAGUUUCUAUAAAUGGUGUUUAAUGAGACACUACUUACUGGACCUGGAGUUAACCAAACCCCAGUUGCAAUGGGUACCAGUGGGAUGGAUGUUACCUGUAUACCUUCUUAGUUGAGAUUUAACAGUGCUGAUAGGUAACCGCUGUUUGGGGAGACAACGGGUUUUGCUUUAGCAAGAACUGGGACCAUACUUCUAGGUGAUAGAAUCACAAUUGACCCAGCGACCCAUCUACUCUAAGAUGCCACCCUUAUAUAUCUAGGUACGUGUUUAGACAUGACAUCAUCAACAAUGGUCAAACAUGGAAUGCAGGAAUCCAGGCGAUAAAGCCCUUGAGAGGGUAUGAAUAACACACCAGGUAGC